GUUUCAUGUUCCGCCACACAAUUAUGCUAAGCAGCAAAGUUCCGAUAGUUGCUGUAACACAGACGGAUUCGAGAAGCAGUUUACAGAUUGUAAAUUUAACAUAAAGCUUUUGAGAGACGCUAGACACAAACUUGAGUUUUACAUCCUUUUGGGACUGACUUUACUGACAUGGAUUCAAGAAAGGCAUCUGGCACAUCAAACUCAGCGGGACCAACUGAAGAAAACUACUUUGCGAACUACACUUUCACAGAUCGUUCACACUCCGCUCGAGUAGUACAGAGUAUUAUGAAACUGUGUCUUGAAGAUGAGCUAUUUGCAGAUGUUACUAUUUCAGUGGAAGGGCGAGAAUUCCAAUUGCAUCGCUUGGUACUCUCUGCACAGAGUUGUUUCUUUCGCUCUAUGUUUACGUCUAACUUGAAAGAAGCUCACAAUAGGAUGAUUGAAUUAAAGGACGUGAGUGCAGCUGUAUUCCAGCUCUUAGUGGAUUACAUUUACCAUGGGACAGUAAAACUGAAAGUGGAACACUUGCAGGAGAUGUAUGAAGUUGCAGAUAUGUACCAGUUGACUGCAUUAUUUGAGGAGUGCUCUCGCUUCCUUGCAAGAACUGUUGAUGUAAAGAACUGUCUACAGGUUUUAUUCCUUGCUGACCAGCACAGUGACCAAGAGCUCUAUACCGCAGCCAAACACUGUGCCAAGAUGCAUCUGUCACAGCUGCUUGAAACAGAGGAGUUUCUCAGUCUGCCUGUUCGAUUGCUCACUGACAUUGUCAAAGAUGGGGUUCCUAGCUCACAGAAUCCAUCCCUCGCUAUUGAAGCCUGGAUUAGCCACAACAAAGAGGAACGGGAGGAAUUUUCCGAUACUCUUGCUGCCAAUUUAAAGGAAAUUGGAGAGAACAUUCAUAUUUACCUCAUUGGUCAAGAGGACACCAGAACGUAUUCCUUGGCCAUAUCUCUUUACUGUACUGAUGAUGAUGGCAUAAGUGUCAGUGGCCAGAACAGCCUGUGUCAGCAGAUCACUGCAGCUUGCAAACAUGCUGGUGACCUGUAUGUGGUGGGUGGUUCUAUCCCACGACGAAUGUGGAAGUGCAACAUGCAGAGCAUGGACUGGGAACAAUGCGCACCUCUGCCUCGAGAUCGACUGAAUCACACAUUGGUUUCUGUACCCAGCAAAGAUGCCAUCUACUCUCUAGGUGGGAAGACAUUGCAGGACACACUGUCACAAGCUGUGAUUUAUUAUAAUAUAAGCAGCAACAGCUGGAAAGAAACAAACCAGUUAGAGACUGCUAUUUCUGGAGCUGCUGGCGUAAACCUGAAUGAAGUUAUCUAUCUCCUUGGUGGGGAAGAAACAGACUUGGACUUUUUUACUAAACCUUCACGAAUUAUACAGUGUUUUGACACGCAUACACAGAAAUGCCAUGUAAAACCAUACUUGCUGCCCUUUGCUGGUCGAAUGCAUGCUGCUGUGCACAAGGAUUUGGUGUUCAUUGUAGCUGAGGGAGACUCAUUGGUUUGCUAUAACCCCCUUCUUGACAGUUUUACCAGACUGCGAUUCCCAGAAGUGUGGAGCUGUGUCCCAUCUCUUUGGAAAAUAGCUAGCUGUAAUGGAUGUCUGUAUGUUUUUAGAGAUCGCUACAAAAAAGGAGAUGCUAGUGCACUGAAACUAAAUCCAGCCACAUCUGUUGUUUCUGUGAUCCGUGGUAUCAAAGUCCUUCUGGCAAACUGGCAUUUUGUUUUAGCAUGAAGUCAUGUGGAAUGCAGAGAAAGUGAAAACACAAUUGCAAUAUUUUUAUAAGGUCUAGAAGAUCUGAUUUCUUGUCAGACUGAUGCAAUGGCUGCGCUUAGCAUCAGAGAGGCUUUGGCUAGUUCAGCAUUCCAUUCCAUUUGUUCUUAGCAGAGUGUGUGAUUUUUCAGUGCUUUCGCUAACGAUGGAAACUCCAAUGCUGUUAGCCAGCGAACAAGUCAGCAUGUUCUUCCUGUCCAUGUGCUGAAUCUUACGCUAAAGGGGACUUUUCGGUUUGCUGUAACUUUCCUUAUCCCACAUUCUUAGUGGCAUGGCAGGGGAAGGGUUUGCAGCCUGACAGACUCCUCUGAUGAUUUCAUUUUAAUGAAAGUAAUGGGUGCCGAAAUACUGAAGAACAGCUAAACAAAAUGAAGUUAAUGUCCCAAAGGAAUGACAUGUUUCUUUGGAGAAGUGCUCACCUCCUGAUCUUGAGGAAUAUUUUAUUUCAGAGUAAUUCACUCUUGAUUAUCCUAGUGGAGGGGAACUGGUGAAUCCCAGGGUGCAACACACAUGCUUGGUAUUGUCCUUGCAGUACAUGUGCACACAAUUUGCCAGUCCCUUCUGUCACAAUAACUUCUCUAGUGAAAAUGUAAAGCAGGGCUGCUGGAAAUUCUGCUCAAAAAUUUACUUAGACGAGCGUCCACUGAUCUGAAUACAAGAAAAAAAUGUGACAUCAUUUGUGUUUCCAGGUUGCACCCAGUUGAAAACCAGAAGAAUCUUGUUAUGCCUUAGAAAGGCAGAUGAAUGGUACUCUGUAGAAGUGUAGUCUUAAAGAUCUUAGGUUAUGUUCAGUACCUUUUUAUAUUAUGUUAUUGAAUCUUGCAAGUAACAUUUAAUGUAUAGCCUUUUUUCUUGUAUCAUUUUUUUGUUUUUAAUGAACAGACUGACAAAAAAGAUCAUGUGAGUUAUUAAUUUCAUGGCUCCUGAUGUAAAUAUGUACAGUAUACAGUUUAAUGAAAUUGUAAACAUAAAAUGUCUUUGAAGUUGACUGUAGUAUGUGCCGACAUUAUCAACUGGCUAUCAGAGUUUGACAUCGCUUAAUGUACUCAACUCAGUUAGGCACAAGUGUUCUAUAUAAAAGUAGAAGCUCCUUUUUCUUAUGUUAGAGGAAUUGGGAGCUUAUUUUAUUUAC